AGUCGCUCCUCCUCCGGAAGUCAGGCGGCGCGCGCAAACCGCUCUGCCGGAAGCGCGGGAUUCUUGUGACACUACCUACCGCGAAGAUGAGCUUGGCCUGGGUCACUUCUUUUGAGAAGGCGCAUCUCUGGAUGUAUCUGCAGGCGCUUGGCUUCGAGCCAGGCCCGGCGACCAUUGCCUGCGGAAAGAUCGUGUCGCACACGCACCUCGGAGUGAACAUGUUUGACAAGCUGAACCGUGAUGCCUUUCACAUAGUUUCUUAUUUUUUGUUUCAAACGCUGGACCAGUCUCUCACCAAAGAAGUUUUCAAACUUUGUUGGCCUCCAUUUGACCAAAAAACUGAUGCUGAAUUCCGGAAACAUUGCUGUGAAUGGUUAAAAAAGAUUUCUGUUGAAUGUGGAAGUAGCUUUCCUCAAGUUCUUGGUUCACUAUUUCUUUCUCCUGGUGGUCCUAAGUUUAUUCAUCUGAUGUAUCAUUUUGCAAGAUUUGUUGCAAUAAAAUAUAUAAAAACCCAUUCUAAAAAUUCAUCCAUACGUUUAACAGAGACAUUUAAUAUAAAGCCACAAGAUUUGCACAAAUGCAUUGCCAGGUGCCAUGUAGCACGUAACAGAUUUUUACGUAUUUUACAAAGAGAAGAUAUUGUUUCCCGAAAAUAUCAGGAAAACGCACAAUUGUUAAUUAAACAAGUACGACAUUUGAGAUCAGAAUAUAUAGGACAUCGAAACCAAAUAAAAAAAAUGGAACCUUAUGAUGACCAAAGUAAUAUACAAGAGAAAGUUCAAAAGGUUCGGUCUUUGUGGGCUUCAGUGAAUGAAACUCUCACGUUUUUGGAAAAUGAGAGAGAAGUUGUUAGUUCAGUCCUUAGUCUUGUUAACGGAUAUACUUUAGAUGGAACUAAUGUUACUAUCAAUGUUCCAGGGCUGUUACUCGACAAAAUUGAGAAACAAAUAUGUCAGUUGCACAUAGGAAAUGUUUAUGAGGCUGGAAAAUUGAACCUGUUAACAGUUAUUCAGUUAUUAAAUGAAGCCUUGAAAGUAAUGAAAUAUGAACAUUGUCAGGCUGACCAAGCAAGACUGACAAUAGACCUUCGCUUCCUUGAAAAAGAGGCCAAAUUUCAGGGAGAAAGAUUAUCGGAUCUGAUGCAUAUGAGGCAUAAAUUAAAAGAAGAUAUUACAACUGUAAGACAUUCAAUUGUUGAGAAACAAGGAGAAUGGCAUAAAAAGUGGCAAGAAUUUCUUGGUCUGUCUCCUUUCAGUCUAAUUCAAGGUUGGACUCCAGUGGAUCUUUUGCCACCUAUGUCUCCCCUUUCGUUUGAUCCUGCCUCAGAAGAAGCAUAUUCAAGAAGUAUUCUUUUGCAGUAUCCUGCUUCACUUCCAGAUACAUCUAAGCAACAUAGUCAGGAAAACGUUUGCAGAGGAGUCAGUGAUGUACUAGGAGCUGAAUAUGAUCCGGCCAACAGUUCUGCUGCUUUCUCGUUGCAGCCAGUGUCAUCAUCAGUUGGAGACAGUGUUACACUAUUUGAACAGGACACAAAGAGGAGAACACCUAGACAGAAAAAUGAAACAAUUUCUAAGAAAACGCCAGAAUUUGAAGUGGAAUACUUUCCUUCAUCAAAUAUUGCAAAGAAUAAAGAGAGUAGUAGUACAUUUGCAGGGUCUCUGCCAGUUAAAAAAAGUGAUCCAUUCCAAAAAGAGCAAGAUCAUCUGGCAGAAGAGGUUGCAAGGACAGUUUUAUCUGAUUCACUACAGCCCUUCAUGGGAGAAGAAGUAAAAUUAGAGGACCUGAUUGAUUCUCUAGUUUCUAAUCCAUUCCUAACAAGGAGCCAAAUUCCCCGAACUCCAGAAAACUUGAUAAGUGAUAUUAGGAGCUCAUGGAGAAAAGCUAUUGAAAUGGAAGAUAACAGAAGUACAGAAGCAAUUCAGAUGGAUACUGAACAUAGAGAAGUGUUGCCAGAAUCCUUAUCUGUGUUGCAUAAUCAAAGAGAAUUUAGCAUGGCCAGUUUUUUCUCAACAACCACUGAAUCUGAUUAUAGCCAUUCUCAUUUGCCUGAACAGAAAGUUGUUUCAGAUUGCCUCAAGUGUGUGCCUCAGACACAUGUGAUGACCAGUCACAUAAGUGAACCAACAACACAAAAUCAGUCAGAUUUGUUGAAUAAGAAAAUAAUCUGCAAGCAAGAUUUGGAGUGUACUGCUUUACAUAACAAGCUUUUAGAAACUAGCCAAAUAGAGACGCUCUCCCCUGCUGUAAGCAGUAGGAGAGAUGUGAUAGGUAGUAGCAACGGUAAGGAUAUUAAAAUAUCAGACUCCUUGCAGACUUCUUACAAAGAACCUUCCAUGCAUAAAAGUAUGUUAUGGAACUCUUUUCAAAUAACAAGUGGACUUAGUUCCAGCAGUUUUAAGGAUAUUGAUUUUGGCAUAUUACAUGAAACUCUUCCAGAAGAACUUGGUCACUUAAGUCUUAAUAGCUCCAGUAGUACAGAGUCCAAUUUUAAACUGGAACCAAAUACUCCUAUGCACAGUGGCAUUUUUACAGAAGAUGUGGGAGAAAGACAGACUACUCCAAAGUCAGACUUCAGGUUACAGGCUCUUUGCAGUAGAUAUGAGGCUCUGAAAAAAUCUCUGUCCAAGAAAAUGGAAGAAACAUACCUCUCUAAUUCUGAAACCCCUGAAGGACACAAACCAGAAUUGAGCCCUACUCUACAAAACAUGCAAACAGGUGAUAUGCUUAACUUGUUGGACACUGAUGAUUUGCCCAUUGACUGUACAAAGCCAUCUUUACGCAUGUCCCUUGAUGAAAGAAAACGGUCUCUUUCACCACUAAUUAAGUUUUCUCCAGUGGAACAAAGAUUGAGGACCCCAAUACCAUGUAGUGUUGGAGAACUUCUACCUAAUUUAAAAGAAGAAGAAAUCUUGAAUAAGAGCCUUGAUGCAAAAGAAUCUCUGACUUGAAAAGAUGAAGCAGUAGCCCAGUUAAUUUGACUGUGAUGCACUUCAUUUGAAAACUGAUUUAUAAUUUAAAUACACAUUGGAAGUGUAACUUUUUCAAGGUCUAAAAAGUCUUAAUGCCUUUUAGCUUCCUCUAAUGUUUUUAGGUAAGAAGAGCAUGUUUGGAUUUUCUGUUUUUAUGGAUAUGGGGUUGAAAAGUGAAAUAUUUGGAAAGCAACAUAAGUUAUGUGUAGCCAUUUUGAUUUUCUUGACUAGUCUUGUAAGCAUUAAAUGGCAAAGUAGUAGUUUAAUUUAUUAUGUUUUAAUUUCAGUUAACAUAAGGACGAGUAGUUUUUGAUGUAUUUUUAUGAAGUGGUUAACAUAAUAGCCAUUGAAUACACUGAUUUUUCAUUUUAGGGGAAUUACAAUUUUUAUUGUUUCUUAAUGGAACAUUCUGGUACUAACCAAAAAAAGUGAGAAAAAUAGUGUCUUGAGAUGUAUAGUCAAGAUGACAAGGUUUGGGAAAGCUCCAAAUAGGCUUAAUGAUUCAAGUAGGUUGCUCCUGAAAAAUGAUGUUUGGUGGAAUAAAGGGCAUGUGAUAAUAAGUGAACACUGGGCGGAAUGGAUUCAGGAAGAAGGAAAAAGAUGACUAGACACUUUUAAGGAACACUAUCAAACUGUGAAAUCCAUUCAGUGGGUUGUGUAGCAGACUUAUAUUUAGUCUAAUUUAGACUUUGAGACUUUAGCUUAACCCUAGUUUUAUAUUUUAACAGAAAAAAUGUAAAUUAAAAAGUUUAUAUGUUUGUUGUUUUUUUUUUUUGGGGGGGGCACUGUUUUAGAGGAAAGGUGCUUAUUUUGAUUAUAUUACUUUCCUCAUAAACCAUCAGUUCCCCACUGCCUACAGAAUAGCCUCAAAAUAACUUGAGAAAACUGAAUUUUGGGUUAAAUAACUUGUUCACAGUGUCACACAGCUAAGUUAGUGGUGAAACUAGGGUUUGACCCUAUUUUCCUUCCUUAAUAAACCACGAGACCCCUAGAAGUAACUAAAAGGCCAGGACAACAGACUAUGGCUGCAGGAAUGGGCCUCCUGCUUACCUACUAGACUGAGUGGGAGUCAGAUGUGAGGCCUCUUGUACAGUAAGUAUCCUGCCUCACUCAGUCAUGGCCCCUGGCCAGGAAAAGGGCUUUAAUGAUGAGUACAUGCCAUGGCCCUCUGUGAACCAGGAGAAAUGAGCUCACACUGGAAGGGUGAUAGCACCUACAGUACCCCUCUGUCUAGUCCCAACUCUUAACCAUCAAAACUUGUUCAUUUGCCAAGAAACUGGCCAGGAGAAGAGAAAAGGGGAGAGUUCUGGAAGUGGUUCAUCUUUCUUCAUUCAUUUUAGGCUGAUUUUCUUUUGAUUGUUCAGUCCCAGUUUUAAGGCCAGUCUUUUUUGUGACAUCAGAAAAAAAAGCACAUACUUGCAAUAGAAAGGAAAGAGGAAAAGCUUUUCCUAAGGUGCUAUAUUCCUUUAUUAGUUAAUUCAACAAAUAAGGGACUCUGCAGGUCAACUGGGAAACUAUUCUCUAGUCUGCCUUAAGAAAACUCAGUAUCUGUGAGUCCAAAAUUAACAUUUUUAGGGAGGAGGUAGGGCCAUCACUAGCAUCUACAAAGUAUAUCAGGGCCAUUCCUAGCCACUUAAUAUAUAUAGUUUCAUUUAAGUCCUUUUAACUGUUAAGAGAGUGGUUAUUAAUACCUAUUUUACAGAUGAUACUGAAGCUAGGGAACCUAAAUGACUUGUCUAAGUUGGAGUCAAGGAAUCAUCUGGGAUACAUCUUAAUAUAGGUGCCAUAGGUCUAAAAUGGGGAUUAGGGAUCUUUAUUUUAAAUAUGCUUCCCUGGUAACUGAGACUCAAUAAAAAGCUUAAGAACCACUGCUAGGGGAUAUUCACAUUUAGUCCUGGGGUACCUUAAAGAAGCAGGUCCACUAGUGCAUAAAUACUAAAGAGAUCAUUAACUAUCUGAUGAAACGCAAGUUCACCAAUAAGUGUGGGAGGCCCUUAAUUACUGAGAACCCAAAUAUCAAAAUAUCUGUGGACACUGGAUUUACAAAAACCACAUCCUUCAGUGAGUUAUGCCUGUGAUAGGCUGGAAGUUUUAGGCAGUUUCCUGUCCUUUGCAUGCCAGUAGUAUAAACAAAAAUAUCUCAAAUCUGUCACUUUCUCCUUGGCCAUUUUAUGACCUGUCUUUAGUCUUUCCUAUCCAAUAUUGCCUGCAUAGCUGCCUUUUUGACAGAACAAAGGUUCUGUCACUUCUUUGUUUAAAAUGCCAUUAAUUUCAUUGCCAAUUCCAGAACAGAGUUCAAAUAUUGGGCUGUCAGAAAAGUCAUGACACAUUGUUUGCAACGAAAACCAGAAAAAAUACGUCAUGACUUUUCCGACAACCCAAUAUAAAGGAUUUUAAGGCUCCCUACAUAUAUUUCCUCUAUUCUGCUUUCCACUAUGAUCUCCCAUUUUUUACUGAAAUGCUUUGGUGAGCAUGGGUCUUUAGAAAUCUUAAUUCACAAUGUUGAAGCUGGAAUACUUUACAUUUGUCUCCCAGAUUAUUACAAUUAUAGCUGUCCCUUAAAGCUAAGUAAGGCUCAGAAUAAUCCCACUUCAACGCUGAAGUCUUAAUCUACCCUUUCCAUGUCCAUGGGCCUGUCCCUUCUCGGAAAUCCAUGAUUUAUCUUUUAUUUAGUAUUUUUCAUUUAUUUUAUCAUAUUUUUCAUGGUUGUAUGUGCUCUCUAGUUAUACCAAUUAUACACAUACAGACAGACAGACAGACACACACACACACAUACACACCCUACCUAUGUAGAUGUGUGUCUGGGGUGUGCCCACACAUAUUUCAACCAAAUAUUGAAAUACUGGAAUUGUUAGAUGCUUCUGUGAUGGAAUUAGAGUAAUGAUAGAGGGCUACUUUAAAACUGUAAAUGUACUUUUUCUCAUUACAUUCAUAGAUUACAUAGAAUGUACCUUGUUUUACUGACUAUUUGUAAAAUAAAGUGUAAACUGGCUUCUAUGUUAACUUGAAACCAGAUAAUGCCAAAAUGUCCUGGUUAUUUUCAGUGUUUAAAGAGGACAAGCAUGUAAUGUUACUUAACAUGAAAAGUGUUAUCAAGUGGAAUAAAGAAUAUUUGAGGUUAAAGAAAAACAUUUGGAGGUAAUUUAACUGAAAACAAAAAUACAAGUAUUUUGAAACCAUUCUUUACCAUGUGUUCCUUAACCAUGAUCUGUGGAGUCAAUUUUAUCUAAAGAAAAAACGAAUUCUUGAGACCUUAUAAAAGGAAACCUUAUUUUUUCUACUCUGAGUAUACUGAAGUUAAAGAAAAUAUGUUUAAGAACAUUUUCCUCAAUGUAAGGAAAGUUUUGUUCAAGUAAAAUUUUCUUUUCACAUUAAUUGCAGAUACAUAGUUGCUCUUUCUUCUCAUGCACUGUGAAUGUCAAGUCUACAUCCUAAAGUUAAAUUAUCUGUGAGUCGCUUUUGGGACUAUUUGUAAAUAUGUUCUACAUACUGGAGUCUUGAAUAAACAUUCAAUAUACCACCGAUUCUGGAAUUUUCUAUAUAUCCAAAAGAACCAUGCCCUGCAUAUUAUAAAAUGAUCAUAUAUAAAGUUAUAUCAGUAACUUGAUCAACAAAUUUGUAUGCUUCAGUGAUUCAGGUAAGUAUUUUGUUACUCCAUUUUAAUUACUAGAUUUACUAAAUGUAUUUUAAAAAGUACAUCUAUACUUCUUUUUUCAUCUGGAGUUUUUAUACUAACUUAUUGCCAAAGGCCCCAAUUAGACAAGUAUAAUAACUUACAUCUGGUUAGCUUGUUCUUCAUGCUUAGGGACCCUGCCAUCCACAACUGCUGCUAUUUUAAAGGGUUUAAAAAAUAUUAACUAUAAAGCCUUGGAAAUUUUAAAGUCCUGUCACUUAUAUUUAACGUCUAUUUACAGAGCUAAUGUCUCAUUUGUAAAAAGAGAUGAAAAGAGUUGAUCAGGUUACGUGGCUCCAAAAUAGAUUGCAUUUAAAACAAUCUUUUAAGGCAGCUAGCUGGAAAGGGACAUUUUAGGUCUGUUCUGAUUUCACUGUAUCACAGUGCCAAUCCAAAUUAGGAGUCUUAGAAUCCUUCCCCCAAAGUAGGUAAUCUAAGAAUCUGAUUCAAUAUUAUCCAACUUCUAGAUACAGAUGGGAAAGUGAUCUUGUGCAAAGUGAGUAAAACACAGAGAAGUCAUUUAACUUCCUGGGCUUCAGUUUAUAUCUGUAAAAUUAGGGGAAUUAUAUCAAGUAAUGUACACCUAAAAAUACUAGUAUUUUUAUAAUUAAGUUUUCUGUCGGAGUAAGUAGUGGGGUGUAAUAGGAGAGGGGGGAGGACCUGUAAUCAUAUUGCCUAGGUUCAGCUGUAUGACCUUAAUUUGGUCAUACCAGUUUUCUCAUCUGUUAAAAGUAAUUUACAUCAUCAAUUGUGAGGAUUAAAUAAGAAAACGCACACCAAGUAUUUAAGAAUACCUGGCAUUUAGUAAGGGCUCAAAUGUUUAACUAGGCUCCAUGUCCAGUAAUUUUAGGGUGGGGAAAAGAAUGGCUCAGUAGGUAGUAUUGAUAGCUGACACACUACUGAGUCUGUGCCAUUCUAAAUGUUUCCAUGUUUUAAUUCAAUCCUAACAAUCCUAUUUUGUAAUGCUAUUCUUUUCCAUGUUUUACAAAUGAGGAAACAAAUUAAGUACUUUUCCCAGUUCACAGAGCUAGUAAGUGAAGAGACUAGAAUACUAAGUCGGCUCUCAGCUCAAACGGUGUAGCUUCAAAACCAACCACUCUGCUACCGCUGCUAUGAAACUGCUAAGGCUAUGGGGGCUAAGAUCACAAAAUCAAAUUGACUAAGCAACAUUUGUGCGCAGUCAGGAUCUUUUGAUUUACAUAUUAACCACCUUCAAAUUAUUUCAAAUAAGACCAUAUUUUAAAUUGCUAACGGUAAAUGUUUAUUCAUGAUUGAAGCCAAGAAGACUUUAUAAAUGCAUUUUAAUACCUUGCUGAUAAAAUAGUAACAUUCCAUCUUUGCAAUCUUGUAAGGAAUACAGGAAGAUAUUAAAGGCUUUGAUGUGUAUAUCUAUUAUAACCAGGUAAUCAGAACACACACACACACACACACCACCACCUACUUUAGUGUUACACCAUACCAACUUUUCAGAAAGGCCAUCUUGAAGCUCUACUGGGUAA